AUGGCCGUCCGUAUAUCACCGAGCUUCCGAAAGUCAAUCGACUUAAAAGCUGCUGAAAAUUUUCCAUUUACUCCUCCGCCUGAGGCUCCAGUAUUUGAGCCAACCGAAGAAGAAUUUAAGGAUCCGUUAAAGUACAUUUGUAAAAUUAGACUUGCUGGUGAAGCUGCUGGAAUAUGUAAAAUUAAACCUCCUCCAGAUUGGCAACCACCAUUUGCAGUAGAUGUUGACAAAUUUAAAUUUGUACCCAGAAUACAAAGGUUAAAUGAAUUAGAAGCAUGCACGAGAGUAAAACUUAAUUUUCUCGAUCAAAUUGCCAAAUUUUGGCAACUUCAAGGAAUCCCUCUUAAAAUUCCAAUCAUUGAUAAAAAAACACUGGAUCUCUAUCAAUUGCAUCAUCUAGUCCACAAAAAUGGUGGCAUGUUAACUGUAAAUAAAGAAAAGAAAUGGAUCAGAAUAUCUAUAGCUAUGGGUUUUGAUCCUAGCAAAAAUGUUGGACAAGUUUUAAAAACACAUUAUGAAAGAAUCUUGCAUCCUUUUGAUAUGUUUCAAAAGCCUAAAGUUCAAAAUAAAACAAAAACAAGGGGUAAUGGAAAUGAUUCCAUGAUUGGAACUUCUGUAAAAAGAGAGAUCAAGUCUGAAAAAAGAAAUAUAGAAGUUAUCGAGCUGUCAGAUGAAGAUGACCUGCCAGAAAAGAAAAUUUGUUCAGAAGAUUCUAAAGAAAAUAUAAAAAAUGAAAUUGUUGAAAUGGAAGGUAACAAUUAUACACCCCAUGGAAUUAUAUCUCGGCAAGCUAUUAAGCCACCUGUUGGAAAAUGUAACAGGCGCUCCAAUAAUUGUUUUAACGGUCAUCAGGAUCCUCUGUCUGGUGAAAGUGAUACUCCUACAGUGAAAUCGGAAGAAAAUCAAAAAAAAAAUAAAGAACUUCAAAGACUGGCUUUUUUUGGUGCAGGACCCAAAUUGCCUGGGUAUGAUCCAAACAUGAGCUUCAAUGAAAAUAAAACGAGAGGAAAAAAAGUUAACUACAGUUUUGAUCCAUUAGAAAAAUACACUUGUAAGGUGUGUAAAAAUGGAGAUAGGGAAGAAUUUAUUUUAUUAUGCGAUGGUUGUGAUGACAGUUAUCACAUUCAGUGCUUGAUGCCUCCUUUAUCUCAGGUGCCUGAAGGAGACUGGAGGUGUCCUCAGUGCGUCGCCUUAGAAGUAUGUAAACCAAGCGAGGCUUUUGGUUUCGAACAGGCUGAUCGAGAAUACACGUUACAACAAUUCGGCGAAAUGGCAGAUCAGUUUAAAGAAGAUUAUUUCAAUAUGGCUGUACAUAGAGUUCCUACAGCCCUAGUCGAAAAAGAAUUUUGGAGAAUAGUUAGCAGUAUUGAUGAAGAUGUAACGGUUGAAUACGGUGCUGAUCUUCAUACGAUGGAUCACGGCUCUGGUUUUCCUACAAUAAUAACCGACGAUGAAAUGCUAACUUGUGAAUUAGAGUAUGCACAAUCUCCUUGGAAUUUAAAUAAAUUACCUGUCCUGGAAGGAUCUGUUUUACAAUACAUUGAUUCUGAUAUUUCCGGAAUGAAGGUUCCCUGGAUGUACGUUGGAAUGUGUUUUGCCACAUUUUGUUGGCACAACGAAGACCAUUGGAAUUAUUCGAUUAAUUAUUUACAUUGGGGAGAACCAAAGACUUGGUACGGCGUACCUGGCAUGAAAGCCGAACUAUUCGAGGAAACAAUGAAGCAAGUCGCUCCAGAAUUGUUCAAAUCGCAACCGGAUCUAUUGCAUCAACUUGUAACCAUCAUGAAUCCAAAUCUUUUAAUGGCAAAUGGAGUACCCGUUGUUCGCACGGAUCAACAAGCUGGCGAAUUCGUCGUGACUUUUCCCAGAGCUUAUCACGCUGGAUUCAAUCAAGGAUAUAAUUUUGCCGAAGCGGUCAAUUUCGCACCGGCAGACUGGCUUAAAAUGGGACGAGAAUGCGUGGCGCAUUAUUCCAUGCUUCACAGAUUCUGCGUUUUUUCACACGAUGAAUUAGUUUGCAAAAUGGCGGAAAAUUUAGAUCAGUUGGGACCACAAAUAGCGGCGGCAACUUAUGAAGAUAUGGUCGCCAUGGUGCGCACCGAGAAAAAGCUUCGAAAAGUUGUUUUAGAUUGGGGUGUUCACGAAGCUGAAAAAUAUCCGUUUGAAAAAAUUCCAGAUGACGAACGCCUUUGCGAAUAUUGUAAAACGACGUGUUUUCUAAGUGGUCUCACGUGUAAAUGUUUAAAAUCUCAAAACAAAAAUUCUUGUUUACGACAUUAUAAUGCACUGUGUGAUUGUCCCCCAGGCAAUCACAUACUUAGGUAUCGAUAUACAUUAGAUCAACUUCUCAGUAUUCUUCAAAAAUUAAAAUUAAGAGCAGAAAAGGGUUGA